GUUCACAUUCCCAACCACUGCAAGGCGGGGGGCUUUCGGCUGCCCUCUGAAAACCAAGAGUUGGAACUCGUUGGAGAACCAAGACCCAGGGACCCCAAAGAGGCGAAGAAAGACUCCAACGCCUGCUUUUUUGAAGGUCAACAUCGGCCUCAUGGCUCCCGCUGGGCUCCCGACUAUGACAAGAAAUGUUCUAUAUGCAUCUGUCAGAAGCGGACGGUGAUCUGUGAUCCGGUGUUGUGCCAGCCUCUCAACUGCUCCCAGCCAGUCCAUCAAAGUGAUCAGUGCUGCCCUGUGUGCCAAGAGGAAAAUGAAGAACGGAAAAGAGCAGAGAAAAUCCGAGAUGGCAGCGAAGGUGGCAAAACCCCGCUGCAGUCGUUCCUGGGCAUCGCCGAGCAACACGUGGGGCCCAACAAUGGGGCUCUCAUCACUCAGACGCUGAGCCACGCCAACCCCACGGCCAUCACGCCCGAGGAAUACUUCAACCCCAAUUUUGAGCUGGGGACCCGGGAUAUGGGGCGACCCGUUGAACUCACCACCAAGACACAAAAGUUCAAAGCCAAGUUGUGGCUGUGCGAAGACCACCCGCUAUCCCUGGCCGAGCAGGUGGCCCCCAUCAUUGACCUCAUGGCGGUCAGCAACGCCCUUUUCGCCAAACUCCGGGAUUUCAUCACGCUUCGCCUGCCACCCGGCUUCCCCGUCAAGAUCG